UGGGACUCUCCAUGGGUCUCUCCCAGUUCUCAGGCUCCCAGAGGCUGAGGCUGCAUCUGAGCAUCUCCUCUCAUCUCUUAGCCUUUGUUUUAAGUAGCGGCGGCACUGGGGCAGGGACCCUCACUGAUGGCGGAGUAGCAGGUCUGCAACUUCAGGGAAGGAACCAACAGGCUUUCCUUUGGGGUCAGCAUGUGCCCUGGUCAUCUUGGCUGGACCAUCACCUUCCUCCUGAUACUCCAUUGCACAUCUGGCCACCGGGACCUCAACUGCUAUACAGAUUAUAUCAAGACCCUGACGUGCAUCCUGCGAGUGGAUCCUGGCUGUGCAGAGACCCCUGAGCUCACCAUUGAGUGGGAUGAUGCCUACGGGGAACUGGAGGAAUUUGCUAACUCCUGUAGCUUCUACCGAUCUACCUACAACCAUACCCAUAUGCAGUAUACGUGUCACAUGGAUGUGUAUAGACUGAUGUCAGAUGAUGAAUUCAAUGUCACCGUCACAGACAAGCUAAGCAACAGCUCCAGCGAGGGAAGACAUUUCAUCUUGUCUCAGAGCAUUAAGCCAUAUCCCCCUUACAAUGUGACUGUGUCCUAUUUUGGAGAUUAUAAUGUUUCCUGGAAAACCCUCUAUGAAGAUGGUAAUUACUACGCAUUACAGAACAAACUAGAGUAUGAGCUGCGCUACAAAAAACAACAGGACUCCUGGACGACUCAGAAGACCAAGUUCAUCUCAGCCGACUCAAAGUCAGUGUCACUCCUAUCCUUGGAAUUCCAGAAGGACUCAGUCUAUGAAAUACAAGUUCGAGCUCAGCCCCAGCCAUCUUCACUCUACAGUGGGGUCUGGAGUGAGUGGAGUACUUCCUUCUCCUUCAGGACCCAGCCAGCGGAAGAAGAAGAGAAAACAGAAUGGUCCCCUUGGGUAUUUCCCAUCUCAUUGCUCGUCACCAUAUUUGCUUCUCUGGCUACAUGGAAACUGACACAAAGGCUGUGGAAGAAGAUGUGGGUGCUGGUACCCAACCCCUCGCCCUUCUUUCAGCCCCUGUAUUCAGCCUAUGAGGGCAACUUUAAGAACUGGCUAGGACCAUCUUAUACUACGAGCAGCCUGAAUUUAUUUCACUCUGAACAGGUGGACCCAGAGACACUGGAAGUAGAUGGCAGCCACGCCACCAAAGGGAUCGACUUGAUUGAUGCCAAUGGGCAACCCAAGAUAGGCUCCUGUGGAAUCUGCCUCCCUGAACCCUCUAAGACAGAAGUCAGGUCCUUUGCCUCAGGAUUUGGUGAGGGGAAGGACAAGUCCUACGGCCAUGUGUCCCUUGACACUGUGAUGGUAGUUGGUGACAAGGAAUCUGAUGACCUGGAAUGUGACUGUAGUCACGUAGCUCAAGAUAGAGGCAGUCACUGUGAUGGAGAUGACAAUUACACCAAAAUCAACCUUUAUGGUGACCAACCUGAUGGGCAAAGCUCUGGUGACCUGCUCUUGGGGAAAGAAGAUAGAAUCAUCUCCUCUGGCCAUGUCUCCAUGGAAAGCGCUGGGAGGAUACCAGUCUGGCCAGAAGCCCCCAUUGGCAGUAUUUUGAAAGCCCUUUGCUUGCAUCCUCCAGAGGACUGGGAUCCAGGGAGUCCUAUUUCCUUGCCCUCACAGGAAGGAGAGGGGGCUCCCUUCAGCCAGGGACCUUAUGCACACUUGUCCUGCAGCUCAGAGAUUGGCCACCCACUGGUCAGUUUGGAUAUGGACACUUUUGACAGUGGCUUUGCUGGUUCUGACUGUGGCAGCCCCUUAGAAAGUGACUUCAUGGGGAGCAGUCCAGUGGAAAGGGAAGGCCCCUCAGCGCCGGGCACCAAUCAUGUUGAGGACACCCCUCCCAGAAGUUAUGUCAAACAGUGGGUGAUUUUCCCCUCUCCCUCUCCAGGUCCUGAAUCACAGAAAAGUUAGCAAGUUAAGCAGGCCCCAAAGCUGAGGUGGGGUCAGCAAGAACUGAUAUAUAAACCUGUUGUCACACAUCAACUAUUCGUACAGCUUUCAUUCGGAUAAAAAACGUGGCACAUCUCUAUCUGACAACUGUAAAAAGACGAACACGGUGAUGCGUAGCAGAAUGGGUUGAAUCCUUUGUUAUUAUCUGAUGUCAUUUGCGGAUGGCUCAAGAGGCAGCAGGAGAUGAUAGGCUCACGAAAAGGUGUUUUUUAGUUUUAAAAAUUUUAUUAUUACUUUUUUUUUGGGGGGGGGAAUUAGGGUUAAAUGACUUGCCCAGGGUCACACGGCUAGUAAGUGUCAAGUGUCUGAGGCCAGAUUUGAACUCAAGUCCUCCUGAAUGCAGGGCCAGUGCUUUAUCCAUUGCACCACCUAGCUGCCCCGGUGUUUUUUAUUUUUAAUGAUGGGGGAGAUCUGGCAUGCUUGUAGGCAGUAGGUCAAGAGUCAAGAACACCUGGGCUCAAGUCCCAUCUCUGACACUGGGCAAGUCACUUAACCUCUAAGUGCUCUAGGAGAUUCUCUGAAACAAUAAAACGCCAAUUUGCAUUGGUAAAGGGAAUAUCCUUACCUGGGAGAUCCCUAUUCCAAUGAAAUCACAGGUUCAAUCCCUGUCCUUACAGAUAGCCCAGAGUGUGUGUGUGUGUAUGUGUGUGUGUG